GCGGCUCUUCUACACUUUUCUACACUGUUAUACACUUUGUCGUUAAUUUUGAAAAGCAAUCUCAGCAAACUUCAGGGCAGUCAGUGACAGUUUUGUGAGUUAUUUAAAAACAAGUGUGAAUUUCCUAUUUUUGUGAAAAUCUCGCUAAAAAGACGGAAAAUAAAUUUAAAAGUGAAGUAAAACUUAUGAAAAAUGUUCAGUAAGAAGAAGCCAAGUGGGGCUCAAGGCAAAGAACGGCGAGAUCUGUCUCAGUAUGGCCUAUUUGAUAUUCCUGAUGAUUUGACGAUGGGAGGCAAUGAUAAUGCUGCACUGAGUGGUGACAGUGACCUCGAAGCUGAAUUGGCGGCAAUAACAGGUGGCGGGGGCAAAAAGAAGCUGAAGACAAAGUCGAGAACACCUGCCCAAGUGCCUCUCGGAGACCUGGAUGCAAUGGUGGCUGAAAGCCUCAAGGAUGUCGACACAGAUGUAGACAGUGACGAUGAAAACGAUCCCAAUCUUCUGAGUGAAUUGGGAGAGCUGACGGGAGAUUCUUUCGUUCCCGAGGCACCAGAGCCAACAGAGGAAGUCUUCGAGCCUACAUCGAGCUCUGUCAAUGUGCAGGAGAUCAUAAAGCAACGAAUUGAGAUGUACACAAUUGCAGAGAAGAAUGCAAAGGAUGCUGGGGAAUCUGGAAAAGCCAGAAGAUUUGCCAGAGGUCUAAAGACCCUCAAGGAUCUUCAGAAAUCCGCCAAUGCUGGGAAAACUAUUCCUAUGGAGGACAUUCCUCCAGAAGUCAGCAUAAAACCUCUAAAAAGUUCAACGGAGGAGCCAGAAACUGCUCCAGUAACUCCCUCCAGAGCUGCUCCAGCUCCUCCAGUGUCCCCUCCAGCAUACGCUCCAGCUCCAGAAGACACCAAAAACAAAUCAGCCAUGGAUGCGCUGAAUGAGCGAAAGAAUGAAUACAAAACCGCUGCUUUGGCUGCAAAGAAAAAUGGAGAUACAGCUACUGCCCUGAAACUCGUGAGGAUCAUCAAGCAGUUCGAUGUGGUGAUUAAGGCUGUUGAGGAUGGGCAGGAAGUUGAUCUCAAUGAGAUGCCACCGCAUCCUUGGGAACUGGAUCCUGCCAUGCUGGAUUCAGCCACACAGGAAGCGCCGCAAGAGGCACCAAAGGAGUCUCCUAAGCGUGAAGAGGCAGAAACUCAGAAUAAACCAGAUGCAGCAGCCCCAGAGGAGUCUCUGAUUGUGGCUGAGACUGUGGAAGAGGCACUGCGGCAGCGAUUGGAGAAGUACAAGUCAGUCGAGCAGGCAGCCAAGGAUGAGGGAAAUUCCAGCAAAGCACGUCGUUUUGGGCGAAUUGUGAAGCAGUAUGAAGAUGCAAUGAAGCUCCAUCGAGCUGGAAAACCUGUGCCGUUCGAUGAGCUUCCGACGCCGCCGGGAUUUGGUCCUAUUCCAGUGAAUGCGGGAGCGGCACCAGCGCCACCAGCAGCGGUUCCGAAGGCCGAGGAGAAGGCUGAGGAAGUGACAAAGCCUGCACCUCGACCCAAGCCACCGCUGAGGAAGCAGCAAUCAACACGGGUCAGUGGGAAUUUGAUGAAUACUUCGGUGAUGGAUAAACAGGUGGCGGAAUUGCUGAGGCGCCAGAAGGAGUUCAAGGAUGCUGCCAUAUCGGCCAAGAAGGCAGGAGAAAUUGAGCAGGCCAAGGAGUAUCUCAAGAUUUUCAAGGGUUUUGAGAAUCUCAUAGAUACAGCCAGAGGUGGAUUUCCUGUGGACAUGGCAACACUGCCCAUACCUCCUGGACAACGUGCUGCACUGGAGGAUUCAUUUGCCUUUGUCACAGAGUCCGAUUGUCAGGAUUCAGAAGUGGGUGACAUCUUCAAGCGCCUGGAGGAGCAAUUGCAGCAUCAGCUGUCCAUGUGCCGAGUAACGCGGGAACAUCAUAAGAAUAUGGGAGAUGUAGCUGGAACAAAUAGAUUUGAGAAUCUCGCCCUGACCGUGCAGAAGGAUCUGGAUGUGGUGCGUCUGGCGCAUCGGAAGCAACUUGAACUACCCAAGUUCCACUAUGAGCAGCGCAGCUUCAACAUUGUCAUGUGCAACACAGAUCUCACGGACAAUGAAGUUGAGAUCACUGUUGUACGGGGUAUCAACUACAAUGUGCCCAAUCCCAAAGAUGUGGACACCUAUGUCAAGCUGGAAUUCCCAUAUCCUCAGGAUGAUCAUACAAAGAGCAAGACGCAGCUGGUAAAAAACACCGACAAUCCUGACUACGACUACAAGUUCAAGAUGGAAAUGGUCAGGAGCAACAAGCAAUGCCAGAGGGUCUUCAAAAGGCACUCUCUAAAGCUGGAAGUCUAUGCUGAUCGAUGCUGCUGGGCGGGUUGUCACUGUUUGCCUCUUUGUUGUUUCAGUGGUUUCUUCCGGUCGGAUCAGUUAAUUGGGACUGUCAAUGUUAAACUUCAGCCUUUGGAGACUUCCUGUGAGAUUCAUGACUCCUUCGAGUUGAUGGAUGGCAGGAAAAAAGCUGGUGGAAAACUAGAGGUUCACAUUCGUAUCCGAAAUCCAAUUCUCACGAAGGAAGUUAAGAAAAUCGACGAGAAGUGGCUCGUAAUUGACACAUAAAAGUGAAAAAACUUAUUUAUUACGUUUUUUUCUAUAAUUAUAUUUUUACUCUGACCUUUUCAUAAAACAGUUUCUGUUAUUAACAGAGUAAACAAAAAAAGAAAACAGAAGUUGUGUAAAAUACUGUGAAAGCUUUGAGAUUGUCCCAGAAAAUGAGAGUGAAAAAGGUAUUUUUUCUUUGGAUGUAUGCCUGUAUUUUUGUUGUUCUCUCUCCAUAAUUUUAAAUGCCUCAGAAAGAUAAAGAAAAAAAACAAAUAAAAGAUUUGUGAUAAAGCAAUUUUGUUGGGCGAUAGAGAUGGAAGAGAAUUAAAUCAAUAAAUUAAUACACAAAUUA